CCCGUUCGCCGCCGUUAGAAGCUCGUAGAAAAGGAGAGCGGCUGCUUGGUGACGUCAGCGGCUGCUCCUUUGGCCGCUGACGCUUUAAAAGGGAUGCGGGGGCUUCACGCGGGUUGAUCGGCUCAGUUAUCGCCGCUCAUUGCUGAGUUCCCCCAGGAAGUACGGCUGACGUCGGGACACGAGAAAUGGAAUCCCGAGAUACAAGGUUGAACCGCUAUCGCAUGCAGCGCACAGCAACACUGGCCCAAGAAGUUCUGGAGCGGGCAAGAACACGGAAAUUGAACUGGCCAUUGCCUGCUACAUUUCAAAGGACUUUUCAGUCAGGAGCAUCGUGGAAAGCAACGGCCAAUGCUACGUAUCAUGAAGGCGAGGACGAAGAUGCAUGUCUUGCUGCUGCUUUUGCUUCUGUUGCUGAACACAUGGGCCACAUCUCGGCAGAAUGCGAGAACUAUUACUGUUGCGUACCACCAUUUCAGUUCAAAGAGUACGAAGUUGCACAUAUAUUCAGAUACCACAGCAGGGAGUCAUCUGAAAACUUGCUAAAGGCAUUUGAAAUUGAGGAAAGUAAAAAUGUCCCAAUAGUGGAAGAACCUGGCUGUCCUGAUACAGAUACAGCUGCUUUAAUUCCAGCAGAGAAUGCUGAACAUAAAACAAAAGAUAUCUACAUUGAAGUUUCUCCUGGCACUUACACAGUCUCUGCCUCUUCGUAUGACAACACAGUCAAACAAACACAUCUGGUAGACGUUCGGUCAGGGGAAAGCGUAAAUUUGACCUUUGAUUUAUGAUGGAUAGUCUUUCUUUUUCAUCAAGGUAACAAAUGAAAUAGAUUUCGGUGUCUUUCAAGUGUCACUUUUUAAAUAAAAUCUUCCCAGGCUAUUUACCCUAUAUAAUUAAAUAUGAUCUCAGGUUUUAUGCUGUCUGUAUAUUAUAGUGUGAAACUUUGUCCACAUUUGCCCUAACUUGAAUCAUGUGUAUUUUCACUUUUAUACUAUACAAUGCCUUGUAAACAAUAAAUUUAAAAGUGCAAAUGUUCUUGAAAA